AUAAAAAAUUUCAUAUAAGCGAAAUUACAAAAAAAAACCUCACCAAAAUAAAAAAUUACAAUAUACUACCCUCCAAAUUCAUCUCCGCCCAGAACCGUCGUCGCCCUUCGCUUCUGUCUCUGUUCAGUGUUUAAUUCUUGCCUGAAUCUUUUCAUUUUCUUCGAUUCACCACAAUCACGUUACUACAAACGCGAUUAUUUUUCGCCUUGUAAUUUCAUUGCAGCUAUUGUAUUAAAAAAUGCACGGUCGACCUCGUAAAUCGUUGAAGCAAGAAGAUGAAGCAGCUUUAUCAGCCAAAGCUGAAAAGCUUCGUUCACUUCAAUCUCAGUUCCUCGUCAAUCACCACAAUCACAUAUAUAGCAAAGAAGCACUAGAUUUGAGCGCGAAGCUUCUAGAAAUUAAUCCUGAAUGUUACACAGCUUGGAAUUAUAGAAAACUCGCCGUUCAAUAUAAUCUCUCUAACUCUGAAUCUAACUCCGAUUCCGAUUCUGCUGCAUCAAUCUUCGAUCAGGAGCUCAAAUUGGUGGAGAAUGCGUUGAGGAAGAAUUUCAAGUCCUAUGGUGCUUGGCAUCAUAGAAAAUGGGUGCUAAGCAAGGGACAUUCAUCCAUAGAUAAUGAAUUGCGCCUUCUGAAUGGUUUUCAGAAGGCCGAUCCUCGGAAUUUUCACGCUUGGAAUUAUCGAAGGUUUGUUACUGCAGUAAUGAAAAGAUCAGAUGAGGAUGAGUUGAAAUACACAGAGGAUGUGAUAGGGGAUAAUUUUAGUAAUUACUCUGCUUGGCAUAAUAGGAGUGUGCUUUUAUCUGAUUUAUUUAAAAGAAAGGCCGAAGGAUUUUUCCCUAAAGAGAAAGUCUUGCGAGAGGAGUACGAGCAUGUCCACAAUGCUAUUUUUACUGAUCCAGAUGAUCAGAGCGGUUGGUUUUAUCAUCUUUGGCUUAUUGAUCAAACAGUGAAAAACGAUACUCCUCUACUCGUUUCUUCUUGGCCAUCUCAUGGAUCAAAUAUAACCCUAAAUGAAAACAACUACCUUCAUGAUUGUGGUUUGUCUCUGUUGAAUAGUACACUAUCCGACACUAGAACACUUCCGGUCAUUCUAUAUUUCAAUCAAGCUGUUGAAGGCAUCAACUCGUCUACAGUUGCCGUUAAAUCUGAAGUGUUGCAGGAGGAUCUUGUUUGGAAACCACUUUCAACAAAUAACUCGAGCACUGCUCAAAUUUGGGUUGCAUACCUAAACCUCAAUAAUACAGAACUCCAACUAUCAAAAACUUACUCUAUAGAGAUCACUAUUGGACAUUCUAUGGGUAUUGUAUCUUCAAAUGGAUAUCAUUAUGGGGAUCCUUCCCAAAUUACCUUUAAAUUGUGUGUACAAACUGCUUUUAAAGAACCCGUUGAAGGACAAUGUGCUAAGUUGACUUCAUGGAAGGACAAUGAUUUCCAAAAAAUUGAUAAUUUUGAAGAAUCACAUUCCACUGUAUCUGCUGAUCACCGCAUUCCAACAACUUCCAAUUGGUGCAUGGAGGAAAUUGAUGAAGAAAUAACUAAUUUUCGGGAUUUAUUGUCAGACUGUAAAAUUGGAAAGCUUACACUUGCGAGACUUUUGACUGCUCUUGAUUUGUUAUCACCUCAACAUGAUAAAAGAAAAUAUCAUACUGAAGAAGUUCUUAAACUUUACACUGAUCUAAUGAAGUUGGAUCCAACACACUCUCUAUACUACAAGGAUGAGCAUAGCCUGGUAUUACUUCAGCAGAUAACUUCAUCUGGAGAGUCUUUACUACCACAUUGCCACUACUAUAAAAAUGCAACAGAAACGAAUACUAGUUAUAUCUGUCUACGAUUACAAAAUCUAUCGUUGUCACGGAUGGGGUCCAUUCAGAAUUUACUGUGGGUGCAAAUGCUAGACCUUAGCCACAACGAACUUCGAUCAAUUGAAGGGUUGGAGGCCAUGCAACUUCUAUCGUGCAUAAAUCUGAGUCACAAUAAAUUUGGUAGUUUUACUGCUUUGGGGCCUCUCAGAUUGCUAAAGUCACUUAAAGUGUUGAAUAUCUCUUACAACGAGCUAGGCUCUCACUCAAUUGACACAAGAAGAUACCUAUGCUCUUCUCCUUUAGCACAUACUGAAGUAUUUGCCUGGGACCGUUUUGAAAUCCUUUGUGGUAGUUUUAGUGCCACAAAAUUUUGGGAAGCUUUCUUGAUAUUUGAAAGCUUGAACUUGAUGGAUUUGAACAUAACAGGAAAUGCAGUUGCUGAUGAGAACUUCACGUCAUUUAUUGUCAAAGUUUUGCCUACACUAAAGUGGCUAAAUGGUGAAGAGUUAUCUUGACCUUUCUCUGCUUUUAAGGAUACAGUUUUAUGCUUCUGGUAUAUAAAGCAAAGGUAUACUCUAUCCAGAAGAUGAUUCAACGUGUUUGUUAUGGCGGUAGAUAAAACUUGAAUGUGGGUCCCUUUUGAAGCUACAGUUUGUAGCUGGUGCAUUUCCAUGGUGAAAUUCAAUCAAACUUGUGGUGGUGGCGACUGAAACAUACUCCAAAUCAUACAUCAUUAACUGUGUAAAACCUGUUUUCGCUAGAGGCAUUGUUUUUAUCUGUUUUACUUUUGAUCUGAUAAUAUGAUUGUGAAUGUAAAAGUGGAUAACUUUUUUUACUCGGUGUAACAACAAUUUGUCUCUGAUGAAUGAUAACCCAGGUUCAAAUCUCA